GCCUGGAUACGGAAAGCGUCCCUGGCAACAGUUAAAUCUAAAAUAAAAAAGGUCAAAUACAGUAUGGCUGGAAUGGUUUUAUGUGAGCCAACGGAGCUGUACAAUAUUCUAAACCAGUACACAACACUUACCAGGCUAGCAGAUCCCACUUAUCUGUGCUUACUUGAUGCACGUAUAAAGGAAGAAUACGAAAGAGAUCAUAUCAUUACAGCCCAAAGAUCUAAAAAGAAUGAAAAUGAUGAAUUCUUGCCUCCUGUGUCUAUUGACUUGGAAUGUGUGCAGCACUGUGUAGUGUAUGAUGGCUGCACUACUAGCUUACAUGAGGAUACUCCUGCAAUACGGUGUGCAGAAAUCAUGGAGCAAAAAAGCCAAAAUCCUGUUCACAUUCUAAAAGGUGGCUAUGAGUCCUUCUCUGCCCUCUACCCUUUUCUCAGAACUAUGAAGAUAAUGUACACACCUCAGGAGUUAGAAAGUCUGCUUCCGUACCCAGUGGAAAUACUGCCAUGUCGGUUAUACAUGGGAGAUCUGAAGCAAGCUGAAAAUCCCCAGAUGCUUAAGGAUUUGAAAAUAAAAGCUCAGGUGAAUGUGUCGGGUACUACGCCAAAUGUGUCAGUUAAAGGUUCGUCUCAUGUUUUAGACAUAAAAGUUUCUGAGUCUACGGAUUCUGAUCUGUCUCUCUUUUUCCAGGAGGUGUGCGAAUACAUAGAUUCUCACCUUAACUCAAAACAUGUUGUGCUGGUCUUCUCCCGUCUUGGCAUCAGUCGCAGCAGCACUGUUAUAAUGGCUUUCCUCAUCUAUCAUCUAAAAUGCAGCCUGCAGGAUGCCUGGACACACGUGUUGAAGUGCAGGACCAGAGCCCGGCCGCACCGGGGGUUUGUUCAGCAGCUUUCCACCUGGGAGGAGCACAUUCUUGGCAAUAAAGUGACAGACAUUUCCGAUCCAAACUUCUAACAUUUGAAAGGUUGUAAAGAAGCACAGCUACAAGAGGUGUGAGAAGUAUGUUGGUCUAAGCUUCAUUGACUACUGCAAAUAGGCUUUGCUUCAUUCAUACCAAAAUAAAAUACAUUUGGGGUAAAAAAUAAACACACACAGCCAAUAGAGAAUGCAUGAAUGUUUUGAUCAACAAACAUGCCUUUUGUUCCAGUCUGAAUGUAUUCAUAUGUCAUGGGGCUGGUAUUUCAUCCAGCACCAGGCCUUGUGUACAUUGUUUUUGGGUUAUGCUUCUGCUUUCUGCACCCCUGAAUUGGAUUUUUACGCAUCAAAAUGUCAGGUUAUGAUUGUUAGACAUGGUAGACAGUGAUUUUUAUCCCAUGUGAUUUCCAACACUGUGAAAAAGAAGUUCAGGACAAGCAGCAGUUGCUUAGUCCUUUUUCAAGUCCCAAUCCUUAAUGUAUUAAAUCUACUCUAAAGAGUACAUCCAAACAUUUUUUUUUGCUUAUUGAACUCAAAUAUUGGUUAAUCCAUACCAGUUUGUUACCAACUCACUUAUUGAAGUUUAGUUCAUUUCUGUUUUGCCAGCCUCCAAAUCAUCUCUCAUGUUAUAGAGUGGUAAAUUGAGAAGGCAUGUUGCAAGUCUUGAAGGGUGACCUCAAGCUGAGAGAUGUCAAAGGACAUGUGGGUCAUUUUCUGUUGGUUGAAGAUGGCUGCAUUGAGGAACAAGUGGAUAAACCUGUCCUAGAAGCCAUGUUGAAACAUGGUUUUACAGAAAGUGUUUAUUAAUAUCAGAAACAAUAAACAUGUGCCCUCUGCUUUUCACAGGGUCAGCUAAUUCCAUCACUUCAGGACAGCUUUUAUAGAGAUGGGAGUAACCACUAACUAUAUGAACUGCUGGAAUUAAAGUUAUAAAAAAAUGUGACUUCUUCUGUACUAAAAAGAGAGUGUGCGUCUAAACCAGUCCCAAGUGAAAGGAAAAGAGAGGCUUUAGACUUGGGAUAAAAGGGAAAUUCACAUAUUUGUGUUUAACAAAUGACAUUAAAUUUACUUAGUGAAUUGGUAUUUUAUCUUCUGCUAUCUGCAGUUCACCAAAAAAGUGAUGUUGGAAGAUAAAAAGGACAAUGAUAAAUUAUGCAAACAUUAUGUAAGAUUAUAGGCCUUGCAGAGCAGUUACCAAAUCUCGUCUAAUGUCUGCUCUGCUUGGUUACCACAUUUGCACUGUCAUCAUGAAUCAGGACGAGGGUAAAUUCCAGAAUACAAUUGUGCUGUGAUUGAUUGUCAAGUGGUCACUUGUGGCUUUGAUAAUUGUGGCCUUGCUGCUACGCUCUUCCUUCAAUCAGACCACUGUAGUUUUGCUUAUACCCUAUUUUUAAAAUUUCUGAAAUGCAGUAUUUUUAAUUUUAAAUUCGUAGAAUACUAUUGCGACAUUGAUAGGUCCCAUGAUUGACUGUCAAUUAGUUACUUGCUGCUUUGCUCAGUGAGGCCAUGCUACAUGGUCCUUCCUUCAAUCAAGCCACUUUAUUUUUGCAGAUACAAUAUUUUUUGGUGGAUUUUAUGUACAAUAAUCUUCUUUAAUAUUCUUUGUAGUUAUUGUCUUUGGUUUUGCCAAUAAUGUAGAGGAAAUGAGGAAGGUCCUUAGAUGGAGAAAAGCAAAAAAUGAAAAUCUGCCUGCCCCCCUUGAGCUAGCUCACAAUAUAACUUUCUCCUUCAACUGCUCUACUUCAGCUCUCACUUUCCAGCUGCCUUCCUUUUGCCAUUGAAUUCCUACAUCUUGCCCGCUGCCCUCUGGAAGCUGCUCAGCCAUGAUAUGCCUUGAAAAGCAACCAUCUCUGGUCUGCUCCAUAUCACAUUACUAUGAAACUGCAAGUGGUACACUCAAACUGAGGUCAGUUAUCCUGUGACCCCCCAGUUCUCGCCUACCACCUCUUUUUUUUAUAGAAUUUGCUCCAUUUCUCCAUCAGAAAGGUCUAGAUGUACAGCCCCUGACAGGAGCUUACUGGAGUUUUAAUUGUAGGAGCGAUUUAUAAAAAUAAACAGAACUGAGUAGUGAAUAGAGAAGAAUGUGUAGAUAUCAAGGUUUGAAUGUAGACCCAGGACCAGAGAUCCCUUACAUUAUUUACUGAGGGGAUUUCUCAUCAUUCUGCGUAAGUUUGGGAAAACAUCUGUUUAAACUUUAUGAACCGGUGGUGACAAUGACACUCCUGUAAUGAAAUUUAUCAGUUAGUUAAAUUUGCCUUUUUGAAUUUUGGUUCACACUGUGGGGACUCAUCUGGGUGUCUGCUGAGUAGUACAAUAAUGUAAGUGACCAUCACAGCACUUUAUUAAAUGAACGCAUAAACGACACACUGUAAGGAUACGCUUGAAUCAGAUGCUAUUGGGGACAACGUCUUGGAUCAGCAAUAGUUUUUUUUUUAAUAAGUAAGCACAGCGUUAACCAGGAAUGAUGAAGAGCUCAAUGGACUGUAAAACUGCAGUAACCUGAGAAGGUGGACAUGGGGGAGAGGAAAAGUGUGGUGUGAGCUAAAUGGUGUAACUGCAUGGUCUAAUGUCAAAACCAAGUUAUUGAGUUUGUCAUUUUAUUUACAUUAAACAUGUGCCAUACAUGGCUAACUAA